AUGAAAUCUGACCGUAUACGUAAGGACUGCUUUAAGGUUGGAAAUGCUCUCACGUUUAACGCAGCUCGUGAGAUGGCCAAGUCAGAAGAGUCAGCAGAAAAACAGCUUCAGUUAAUAAAUACCGAAGUACACUCCAUCAAUGCACCUAAAGGAUACCAAGGCCUCAAAAAUCAGCGACGAAACACUGGCUCAGGUAAAUCCCAGGCUUGCAGGAAUUGCGGCUGGGGUCCUCAUUCAAGAGAUCUGUGUCCAGCGAAGAAUGCCACAUUCCAUUAUUGUCGUAAAGUAGGACACCUAGCUAAGAGUGAAAGCCCUCUUGGAAGUCUCCCUAUCACUGAACCCACAUCCGUCCUAUGUAAGAUAGACUCUGGUGCUGAAACCAAAAUCAUACCCACAUCUUUGUACAAUCGACUUGCCCCUCGGGUUAUGAAUCUACAGAAACCUACCACCAAGCUAACAGCAUAUGGUGGAACUGAAAUCCCGAGCUUGGGCAUCUGCCGAGUUUACGUAAAGGGCCCCAACAGCCCAGAACCCAAAGUAAUCCAGGCGGAAGUUGUAGAUGUCGAUGGGCCUCCUAUCAUUGUGCCUAAAAACUGUGCCCAGCUGUACAAAUAUGGUAAAAUAACCAGUGGUGUUUAUAUGAUCAACCCAGAUCAUGCUGGACCUGACUUUGCAGUGUUUUGUGACCAAACAACUGAUGGAGGAGGAUGGACAGUGGUCCAAAAGAGACUUGAUGGCUCUGUUAUUUUCGAUCUCAGCUGGUCUGACUACAAGAAUGGCUUUGGAAAUCUCAAGGGCGAAUUUUGGCUCGGGUUGGACAAGAUACACCGCCUGACAAAAUCCACGACCAAGCUUCGGGUCGAUCUGGAAGAUUUUCACAGCAAAACUGCUUAUACCGUGUACGACAUGUUUGCAGUGGCGGACGAAAGCAAGAAGUACCGGUUGAGUGUUUCGAAAUAUUCAGGAACUGCUGGCGACUCCCUCAUAGGGCAUCAUGGCUAUUCCUUUUCAACUAAGGAUCAAGACAAUGACAGCAAUGAAGGUAACUGUGCUGAGUUAUUUCAAGGAGGGUGGUGGUAUCAUGAGGACUGUUUUUUCUCAAACCUGAACGGUGUCUAUCGUCAGAGGAGGGCCGAAACUUCUGGAGUUAGCUGGUAUACCUGGAAAAGAAACUACAGUUCCUUGAAGAAGGCUGAGAUGAAAAUCAGACCAGUGGAGUGUUAGAGCAUAUAUGCUAGUUUACUGAAAGAAAUUAAAUUCUAAAGGUAUUUCAAGCUGACUUGGCUUGAUUAGUCAGUCCUAACAGAACUUCAGAAAGUAAUUAACUACUGCAACGUAACUCAAUAAACUGUCUAUUGACCUGAAGAAAACAAAUUUUAUGAUAUUAACAUCUCCACAGAAGCCAACUAUACACAAUAUUAAUAUUUCAAACAUUGAUCGCAAAGCUAAUUGUCAAGUAUUUAGGCAUUUAUUUAGAUGAGCAUUUGAAUUGGAAAACUCAAAUAGCACAUGUACAAAGCAAACUGACUAAAAACUUUCAAGUUGGAAUCUUCUACCAACUGCGGAAUUACCUCAAUUUAAAGAUGCUAAGACAACUGUACUAUGCACCUAUUUAUCCUUAUCUUAAUUUUGGUGCAAUGUGUGUUGGGGCAACACUUAUCAGAGUAAUUUAAAUAAAAUCAGUACUAAACAAAAUAAAUGCAUCCGAAGUAUCUUUCUUACAAAAACGGGAACCCUCUUUCCCUGAAUACCAAAUCCUUGAAAUUUGAAAAUUUGAAAAUGUUGUCAGAUUCAAAAUCUGCUCACUCACAUUUAAAUCAUAUAACAAUCCAACAACUGUUCCAGCAAUUUCCAUAAUUUUUUAAUACCUCUAACAGGAAAUGGAGCUACGUUAUUGGU